GUGAGAGGGUGUUGUCUUAUUUCUUUCACCACUGCAACAAGAAGGCAUCAAGGGGUCCAGGACCAAGUCCCUUCUCAGCAGUUUCUCAACCAUUCCUGUUUUCUAAUCAGUGCUUGUUACAAGGGAUUUAGAAACACACAACGCUGUUGGAGAGUUGCAGUAAGAAACAGAGAUCAACCAUCUUCUAAAGUGAAAUCAACAUGGGAAGCAAUAAAACCAGCUGGGGGUAUUUCCCCGUCGCCGUGGUAGGCAUUGGAACUCGCCAUGCUUGUGGCGCAAACACUACCGAUGACUUCUGGAAGGUUCUCAAGGAAGGUAAGGAGUGCAUCCUGGACAUUCCUCCAGAAAGAUGGGCCAUCGAUAACUUCCAUGACGAGGACCAGACAAGACAAGGAAAGAUGGUGACAAAGCGAUGCGGACUCAUCGAUGAUCUGGAAGGCUUCGACAACCUGUUCUUUAAGAUCUCGCCCAGAGAAGCAGCAUCGUUGGACCCUCAACAGCGCCAUCUCCUGGAGGUCAACUAUGAGGCAUUUGAGGACGCAGGGAUCAACCCUGAUAACCUAGGUGAAUCCUGUGGUGUCUUUGUCGGUAUUGGUAUGAUGGAUCACGCCAUCCAGCUAGUCGAUACGUCCACUACCGAUGCGUACACCCUGACCGGUAUUGCGCACAGUGUGUCGGCUAACCGUAUCUCUUAUGCGUUCAACCUCAAAGGGCCUUCUUUUGCAGUCGACACAGCUUGUGCCAGCGGACUGACGGCUCUCCAUCUGGCCUGUACCAGUCUCUGGAACAGAGAGUGCAGCGUUGCAUUGAUGUCAGCUUGCAAUGGUAUCCAACUCCCAGACAUCACAGUCGGGUUCAGCGCCCUUGGUGUUCUCUCACCAGAUGGCCGUUGCAGUCCCUUCUCAAGUACCGCCAAUGGCUACGUCCGCAGUGAAGGAUGGGGCGCCAUUGUCCUCAAACCCCUCAGCCAGGCUCUUGCUGACAAUGACCACAUCUAUACUGUCAUACGCGGUAGCGCCAUCGCAGCCAACGGGUUAGCCAACAGUUUGACCAUGCCAUCUCCUCCUGCUCAGGAGUACGUCAUGAAGGAAGCCUAUGAGAAGUUCGGUGUGUCCAUGUCCGAUGUGCACUAUGUCGAAGCUCACGGCACCGGAACCAUGGUUGGUGAUCCUCUGGAAGCAGAGGCCAUCUCCAGGGCAUUCAACCGCACCAAAGACAACCCUCUCAAGAUUGGAUCCGUAAAGAGCAACUUUGGACAUACCGAGGUUGCUGCCGGAGUGACAGCUGCCAUCAAAGUCGCCUUGAUGAUGGAGAACCGUACCAUCCCACCAACCAUCAAUUUCGUCUCUUCAAACCCCCACAUCGACCCUGAAGAGAUGAAGCUGGACAUCGUAACCAACGUCCAGCCCUUCCCAACCGAAGACAAACACAUCAUUGGCCUCAACUCCUUCGGUUUUGCUGGAGCCCUGGCUCAUUGUAUCUUCGAGGAAGCACCAAAGAGACCUAAGAAGGAGCUGACUCCAGAACAGGUGUGCGGAUGGAAGUUUGGUGACUCCGACAAGGAAGGUCAACCUAUCAUCAUUCCUCUAUCUGCCAAGUCUCCAGAGGCAUUGACAGCUGUUGCCAAACAGUGGCAGAACCUUGAUAUCGACCAGGACGCAAUGAGUGCAGUCUCCUGGAUGUCCACACGGCGACGAGUUCAUGAAAACAGACUCACUGUCAUCUCAAGCUCAGGCAAGCAGUUCAAGGCUCAGAUGAAAGACUUUGUUGAAACAGGUGGCGCCGAGAACGCAACUUCCGGCACCGUCUACAGCGGUGAGCCCAAGAUCUGCAUGAUCUUCCCUGGCCAAGGGCAGCAGUACGGCAACAUGGGAAGACAACUCUACAAGACGGAGCCAGUCUUCAAGAACACCGUGGACGAGUGUGAUGCCAUCUUCAAGAAGAUCAGUGGCUGGUCCGUUCUCGAAGAAAAAUCUCUCUUUGUCGAGCGCCCACAUUCGGCAGAUUACAAGCCCGACACCUUUAUCAAUGAUCUGGAAGUCUCUCAGCCAUCCAUCCUUUUCAUGCAACUCGGUCUCUUUAACCUCUGGACCCACUGGGGUGUCAAGCCCGCUUGUGUGGUUGGACACAGUCUUGGUGAGGUAUCGGCUGCAUAUGCCUGUGGAGGAAUGACCCUUGAAGAAGCUGUGGAGACCAUCUACAUCAGGAGCGUUGAACAGGGAAAGCUUAAGGGAACUGGAAGCAUGGCAGCGCUGAGGAUGACCCUUGAGGAAGCCAGAGAACUCUGUAGCAAGCACGAGCGCCUCUAUGUUGCAGCUAUCAACGCACCUGGAUCAACGGCCAUCGCAGGAAACACUCAAGCCAUUGAACAGAUUGCUGCAGAUAACCCAACGAUCGCCAAGCAGCUGCGUGUCCAGUGUGCUUUCCAUACACCAGACAUGGACCCAACUGAGAAGACCUUCAAGGAGAAGAUGGAGAAAGUGGUGAAGACUCCAGCCGGUGUGCGAAACAUCCCCUUCUACUCCACCCUGACCGGGGCUCGCUACGAAGGAGACUUCAAGACGGCCUAUUGGUGGGACAACAUCCGUAACGCUGUUGAGUUCCAGUCUGCUGUUGAAAACGUCCUGCGUGAUUUCGAGUGUGAUAUGUUCCUGGAAUGCGCUUCCGCUGCCACUCUGCUAUCAUCCGUCAAUCAAAUUGUAAAGGGUUCUGGAGUGAAGAUCCAACUUACAACCAUCGCAUCUGGACAAAGAAACCAAGACGAUCGCAUGUGUGCUCUUCGAGGCCUUGCUAACAUGCACAACAACGGCGUGUCACUGAACUGGAAAAACAUCACCAAGGACUCUGCUGCCUACACUAAACUUCCACUCUACCCGUGGCAACACAAGCCUUUCAUGCUAGAGCCAGAGUACCGACGUAAGCGCCGUCUAGGCCUUGACGAUCGUACGUACAAAGGUCAGAAUGGGCAGCUCAGUCUUGAAACAUUCCCCUUCCAUAGUGACCGUACUGCAAAGGACAAGCUGGUUUUCCCAGAGUCUGGAUAUGUCGAGUACAUGAUGGAAGCUACCAGCGGCGAAAACGAGUUGCCUGUUGUGAACAAAGUAACCUUCACACAGUCUCUAGAGUGGCCGGAGGAAAAGACAGUCACAGGUACCAAGAAGGCUACUCUGAACCUCGACUUGGUGAGAGAUGGAAACAAGGUAGAAAUCAGCUACAAAGGGGACGUAUGUAGCAGCGCAGAGGUAGAGGAGGGUAUUGCCCAAGACAAUACCAUCCCUGUGAAUGAUAUCAUUCAAAGAUGUUCCAAGAAAACAACAGCGGAAGACUUCUACAGCUACAUGCAGGAGAUGGGUCUUGAGUAUGGUGCCAAGUUCCAAGAGGUCAAUGAGGUGUGUCUUGGGGAUGGAGAAAGUGUUGGUUAUCUCAAGCCAGCACAAGAUAACAAGCAGAGAAUCCAAACAACCCACCUAGAUGCCUGCUUCCAGCUUCUUACUUACACUCUCGGGGCCCGAUCAAGCCUGUAUCAACCAGCUAUGAUUGAAAGCAUUCGAAUGAAUGUUCCAUCACUACCUGCCGGAGAGCCUCUUUUGGCAUACACUUCCAUCAUUGACUGUGACAGCUGGGCACUUAGGGGAAAUGUCACGAUCACUUUGACGAACGGAAAGGUGCUUGCUGAAAUCCAGGGAUGUACAUGUAAGAAUACAAGUGGUACACAGACGGACAUCGACAUCAACAAGUGCCUUUACAAGAGAGAAUUCCAGUCAGUCAAAGCACAUCUUCCACCAAUCAAAGAGGUCGCCAAGGUGUUUGACGAGGAAAAUCUGAGGAAGCGCUUUCCUGAACUCAUGGAAUCAGUCACAAGGGCAGAACAAGUGUUUUCAAACAUGGGAGCAAUCUGUCUUGCCUACAUCAAGCAUGGCUUGGAUCAAGUACCCGUCAAAGAGCGUUCUGACUACUUAGAUCCGCGGUACUAUCGACGACUUGAGAAGCUGAAGAGAGACACGUCAAUUCGUCAGAUCAAGUAUGAAGACAUCCCAAAGGUCAAAGAGGAGAUGCUUAAAGUGGCACCAGAACUAAAGCAGGAGUUGAGUAUGGCACAGUGCCUUGGUGAGCAUCUUCCAACCACACUGCGAAAUCCGCAGUCAGCAAUGACACUCCUGUUCAAGCCUGAGUGUAUGGCAUCCUACUUCUUAGAUUCACUGACUACCACAUUCUACUACAAAGCUGGAGCAGAGAUGGUUCGACAAGCAGUUCUCAAGGCUCUUGAGACAAAAGCCACUGUCAGGUUGCUAGAGGUCGGAGCUCGCAUGGGAGGUCUUACCCAUCACAUCCUAGAACAUCUUGAGGAUCUAUGUCUAGAAGGACGAGUUGAGUACGUAUUCACUGACCUCAGCGUUGCUUUCUUCCCACAUGCCCGAGACCACUUGGUCGACUACCCCUUCGUCAAGUAUCAGCAACUAGACAUCGAAACCGACAUCGAGAGUCAAGGUUUUGUGCCAGGUUCAGUCGACAUCCUGAUCUGCUUGGAUACACUCCAUUCCACUGGCCAUCUUCAAGAAGCCCUCUACUUCAUGCGGGAACUCAUCUGCGACGAUGGAUGGAUGAUCCUGUACGAAGCAACAACUGUCAAGUUCAUCGCAGAGGUGAUUUUCGGUGCCCUUCGUCUAUGUUGGGUCUUUGAAGAUGACAGACCCGAAUGUUGCUGGCUGGAGCAAAAUGAAUGGAAAGAGGCGUUGGAGAAGAAUGGCUUUGAUGAUGUUGUGGCUCUAUCGUCUCCGAAGGAGCUUUUCCACAGUGUACUUAUCGGACGCAAGGCAGGAGGCGAUGGUGCUUGCAUCAAUCCAAAAUCCACACCAAUCACCACACGCAAGCAAUGGCUGGUGGUGUCACAUCCCGACAAUGCAAAGUUUGCUGACCUUGUCAAUUCAUCACUAUCGGGUUCAGUGACAUCUCUCUCAUAUGACGAGAUCAUGAAGGCUGAUCUUGGCAAGCUGAAGGAAGACGGUUCAGUCAUCGAGGCUCUCUUCAUCUGGAAUGUUGAUCACGACAACGGGUUCAAGGUACUCCUGAACUUCCUCCAACAGAUCGGUGUGAAUGUAGAGAAUGUCUGCAAGCUGUGGAUGGUGACCCUUGCCGCGACCUCAGGAGCCAGACCUAUCAACGCAGCAGGUGCUGGUCUUGUUCAUGCUGCUGCAAAUGCCUGUCAGAUCCCGUUCGUUACGGUAGAUAUCCCGGAAGAAGUGACAAAUGGAGACAAGGUAUGGGCUUCCAGACUCGUGAACACAAUGCUAGGUAACAAGUUAUCCGACAUGGAGUUGGUUGUAAAGGAUGGAAUCGUUCUUACCCCAAGACUCACGAGGAUGCAGCUCCCUGAAGUGAAGGUUAACGAGACCCCCUACUGGCAACUCACACAGGCUGUUGAUCCCUUCAAGACAGAGUCAUCAGUGGAGGAUCUGGGCAUUGCAUACCAAGAUGGGUUGGAGGUGGCCCCUGGAACAGUCCUUGUUAAGGUCUCAGCAGCAGGUAUCAACAAGAGAGAUGUCGAUCUCGCAAGGGAUAGCACAGUACAGAAAGAAGAUACCAGUUCAUUCGGCAUGGAGUUCUGUGGUGUUGUGGAGAAAGUUGGAGAAGGAGUAACCACCGUCAAGCCCAAAGAUGAAGUCCUUGGAUUUGGCACACACUGCUUGGCAUCGUACACACUAGCUCAUGCAGAUCUUGUUGUCAAGAAACCAAAGAACUUGACCCCAUCACAGGCUGCCACUACCAGCAUCGCCUUUGCAACUGCAUACUACAGCUUAGUAGAAAGAGCUAACAUUACAAAUGGAGAAUCUCUUCUCAUCCAGGUGGCAGACCCAGGUUUAAGGGAUGCAGCAGUACAGAUUGCAAACCACGCAGGAGCUAAGGUAAUCUGCUCCGUAGAUGAUCCAACUACAGCAACGCCACUGAAGAAGAUGGGUGCAAUGAUUGUACCUACAUCCUCAUCCUCUUCAUUUGUUAAUGAUGUUAACAAUGUAACCAAUGGAGCAGGCGUGGAUGUUGUCCUGAACUCUCUUCAGGGCAAGCAGAUGGAGAAGAGUUUGGAACUUCUGGCAGCUGGUGGGCGCUUCUGUUCCAUCACUGACUCCAACGCUAUCAACUUUAAGCUACAGAUGCGGUUGCUGCAGAAGAACAGGUCUUUGAUCUCCUGUAACAUUGAGAGCAUGAAUCAACACCAGAAACCUCUACUUCAGAGGAUCCUGCGGAAGGUAACGGAUCUCAUGGAUAAAGGUAAACUGAAACCACUGGAUGUUACUUCUCGACCCAUCACAGACUACCCAACUCUGUUUGCAGAUGAAAGCAUCACCAACGCUGGCAAGGUUGCCAUCGAAAUCCCAUCAGCAUUCAAACCUAACAAGGUCAUCUCAACUACGCAACUCUUCAAGAAGAAUGCAACAUACGUCGUCACAGCUGCUGAGUCUGGUCUAUCCCAAAUCUUUGCUCGCUGGCUCUACAACAAUGGCGCCAGGCACAUAGCCAUGUGCUAUCUGAUGGAAAGCGGAAAAUCCAAAGCAAGCAGAACAGUUAACUACCUCACCAGAAAGGGUGCUGAAGUCUUUGAGUACUGUCACCAGCUUGACGUACGGGGCCCAGACGGUGGGAUUGCAAAGAUCUUCGGCGAUCUUAAGAAAAGGAAUGUUCCAGCUAUGCGUGGCAUCUUCUGUCUCGGUGGCUACCGACUUCCUGGCAAGGAGACUAUGUCCGAUGUCACCUUCGACAGUCUCCAGGCAAUGCUCUCUGCCAAGGUUCGUCCUGCAAAGUUGUCCCACAUCAUGUCAGACAAGAUGGGACUCGAGCUGGACUACUUCUUCACCUUAUCAAGCGACGACGUUGCCUGGGGCAACCCAUCCGCUGUUGCUAGCGUGACUGGAGACUCCUACCUUGAGAGCUUUGCUCUGAAGAGGCGAUUGGAAGGCAAGCCAGCUCUCAACCUCCAGGUCGGAGCUCUCCGUGGAAUCGACGCCUAUGAGUUCGGAGGACAGACAACUCUACCGGUGAAGGAUGGAGAAACUAGCCUACAUGUGGAAGAGUUCUUGAUGGUUCUCGGUAAACUUCUCUCCUCUCCCGACACUCCGCCAUGUGUCUGCAUUACAAACCAGGACUGGGAAUCUGUACUGAAGUUCUCCCAUGACCACACCUUGAAGUUCCGUCAUCUUGCAGGUGGAGAGCAGGUGGCCAUCUCGGAGUGCAAACUCAGUCUGGAAGACCUACAGAAACAGGUGAAGAACAAGCUUGGUGACCUGCUGUGUGUCAACCCCGACACCAUUGAUCUCCGUCAACCCAUGAUCAACUACGGUGUCGACUCCCUCAUGGCCGUCGAGAUGGUGACAUGGGCAAGCCGUGAGCUCAGCGUGGUCAUCUCCCAACUCGACAUCCUUGGCGGGAUCACCACUGGAGUCCUCUUGGAGAAAGCUAUCGACAACAGCGUCUGUAUCUGAGACUACUGACCUAACGAUUCGGGUCAUUGACAGGGCCAAGACCCGAUUUCACAAAACGAUUGAUCAGUAACAAAUUAUUGUUAUAUAAGCUAUAGAAAUCAGUAUAUUUGAUCGGCUGUCAGGAAAGUUGUUCUAGAUUGUCGGCAUUUGGGAUUGAUAACACGUUUUUUUUAUGAAACAGGUCCCGAGACUGGAGACCUAAACCAGACCAAUUUACCCAAAAAAUUGAUCAAUGCAUGUCUUCUCCGAAAGACCUCGGAACCAACUAUUCACAUUAACCUGAUCAUUUUAAUAACAUCUCUGUAAAUGGGCUGUUUUAUGCAUAAAUUAGUUGUAGUCAUGUCGGUCAACCCUCUGACAAGUUUCCGGAUUUUUAAAAGCAUCAUUUGAUUAUGACGAACAGGUAAACAAAAAUGAAUAGAAUAGUACAUUAUUGAUGCAAUAGUACAUAAUUUAUUAAUGAAGUAUGAAUAAGAUUUGAAUACAGAUUACAGAAGUAUUCUCUAGAAAGUCGCAUUCACAACUAGACCUCAAGGGUGUGAAUUCUUUUGUUGGUGAGACAAAUAUUUGCUGUCAAGACGUAGUCGCUUUCUAAAGAUCCAGAAAACAGUAUCAGUGCACUGCUUGGGAAGACAUAUAAAUAUUCCAUGUAGACACCAAAGUCUUGCUGGAUAAUAUUGAUAAAGCAUGAAUAAACCAGUGUAAUGGCAGGCUAGUAUGUAGUAAUUGUGUUUGUAUAUACAUAAACAUUAAGAAUAUUGUCUGAGUAGUGUCAAAAGUACAGUACAAGAUGAGAACUACGAAUGUAAAAUGAUCUUUGUAAAUGGGAAAUUCCUCACACUAAUAGAGCAAUGGAUCUAUUUUAAACCAUAAAAGAGGACAAUUGUGACAGUAUUUAUUUUUAGUAUUUUAUCAUUGAAAAUAGAUACGUUUGAUAUGUUAGCUUAAUGAGAGUUGUGCAAAUUUGAAAUUUGCAUUUGAAUUGAAUUGAAACGUUUUGUACUUUAUUCCUCCAGAAAGAUAAAUAUUAUUCCACAAAGAUCAUAAUAUGAACUUGGGUAGAACAUAGUGGUAUGGAUUCGCAGAAGAUUCUUAGAAAUCAGACUCUUCAGUAUACUUCAUCAUAUUAGGAUUUUGUUCAAAAUGAAAACAGGAAGUAUAUGAUGCAUAAUUGUAAUUUAAUACACACCUUUAUAAAGCACAUCUAAAAAAUAUAAAUUAAUAGAUGGAAUGUAAAUUUUGUUGUCUUUUAUUUUUGCAUUGGCUGAAUAAUGUAUGCAGAUAUUUGGCAAACAUUUUUUUGCCUUCAUUUUGUCUGAUAUCAUUUGCCUUAGAAAUAUAGGAUAUUUUUCUGUGAAAGGCAACAGAACUGACUUGGUGGUUUAUGUGUUUUGUUAGAUAAUCGAUAUUAUCAUAUAUGUAGUGUAGAAAGUGGUUGGCAUCGUUUUACUUUCUAAGACUAACAAUUUAAAAUGCUAUGGGUAUUUUGGCAAUAAUGUAUAAUAGUGAUAUUUAUGGUAAAUGGAUAUAUUUCAAAUUUAUUUCGGGUCGAAGUACAUAUUUAUUGUUUUAAAUGUCAUCUGUGAAAUUCUGGUAUAUGUUGGUCAUUAAAAGUAUAUUCAAGGUAA